AUGAAUGAAUUAGGAUUCGAUCCAAGUUUAAAGAAAAAGAAGAAGGUUAAGAAGGAAGCCAGUGAAGAAGCUCCUUCUAUGAAAGAAGAAGAUAUGUUCGCCGGAUUAAAAAAGAAAAAGAAAUCAAAAAAGGUUGAUGAAAAAACUGAUGAAAAAAUUGAUGAUUUCGAUAAAUCAUUAAAAGAUUUAUCAAUAGAUGACAGUAGUAAAUCUGAUGUUACUGAUUUCGAUAAAGAAUUAGAAAAAGCCGGAUUAGAUGAAAUCAAAAAAGAAGAAACCAAAUCCAACCAAGAAUUGGGUGGUUUACCAUAUAAUGCCUUAUUAUCAAGAUUUUUCCAAAUUUUAAAAGCUAAUAAUCCAGAAUUAGCUGGUUCAAGAUCAGGUCCAAAAUUCAGAAUUCCUCCACCAGUUUGUCAAAGAGAAGGUUCUAAAAAGACAUUAUUUGCUAAUGUUCAAGAAAUCGCUACUGUAUUACAAAGAAACCCUGAACAUUUAAUACAAUAUUUAUUCGCUGAAUUGGGUACUUCUGGUUCUAUUGAUGGUGAAAAGAGAUUAGUUUUGAGAGGUAAGUUCCAACCUAAACAAAUGGAAUCUGUUUUAAGAAGAUAUAUUAUCGAAUAUGUUACUUGUAAAACUUGUAAAUCCAUGAACACUGAAUUAAAGAGAGAAUCAGCUAAUAGAUUACAUUUCUUAUCUUGUAAUUCAUGUGGUUCCACAAGAUCAGUUUCUUCUAUUAAAGCUGGUUUCCAAGCUCAAAUCGGUAAAAGAAAGAAGGCUGUUAUCUAA